UUCUAUUCUGGGAAGCGUCGCUCGGAAUAACCCCCGUGUGCGUGUGUGUGCGUGCGUGUAUGCGCGUGUGUCUUCAGAUCUUACCCUGACACACACACUCUCUCGCAUUCGCUGUGCGGCUGACUGCAGCGGAGGAUCUCCGGCACCAGAAAUCCGGUCGGAGAGGAUUCCUUCCAUUUUUACACGCAACUUUUUCCUCCGCCUCGCUCGCUCCUCUUUCGUGGACCCCCAGCCGCCGUCCUCUGGAAUCGGACCGGCGAACCGAGAGGCGUCAAGCUCGCCUGGAACCGGAUCUCCUAAAAUCGCAGCGGCUUGUUGUCAUUCGGCGGACGGCAGUGGUAACAACCAGUUUGUGGGUUUCCUGGGCUGGACCAGAGGACCACCAUCAGGGUGGCCCCCCGAGCGUCGUAGUCUCCGUCGGGACUCAUGCCGAACUGAGCAUGUGCAGACCAACAGGUGCCAGUAAGCGUUGAAGCCACAAAAGAUCUACAAGCACAUCAAACAAAUCAACCUUCAAAUGAACUGAAGUAAAAAAAAAAAAAAAAAGACAAAAUGGGAAAAGGAAACAUCUGACCUUUUCUAUCUCCAAGCAAAGUCUUUCAGCAAUGGCAGGCGUCAGAUGUUUGGUUAGCAUGGCUGGUAGAUUUAGGACUUGGUAAACCUCUAGGAGUCGUCCUCCCAUCUCCCGUCUGCUGCCCCUUCACGCUUCUCCCCAAUGGAAGCUCGCAAGUCGGCUGCUGAUGAGCAGAAAUGCCCAAGAAAGGACACUGUCACAGAGAAGACCCCUCUACAAAGAAAAUGGGCAUCUGAGCCUUCUGCGACUGCCAAACAAAGCACUUUUGCUGAUCCUGGGGCACAACACUGCGAAAGUUUGCCGUGCGGUGCCAACACAGUAUCAGCUCCCCAACACAAGUACUCAAUCACAGGGAAUUCUGGGAAAGUGCAAUCUGGACCCUCUGCCAUUAGUGCAGUAGGAGGCCAACUAUCUCAAGAUCGCCAAGGGUCCUUUGCACAGGGCUUUCCAGGAAGCUACCCCUACCAGCUGGGCCAGCCUUACCCUCAACAUCCCCAGACUGAGCGCUUACUCUCGGGAGCCAAACCUCAACCAGGACUAGAGCCACACGCCUGGCCCUUUGUGGGUCAGCUGCCUUCAGAUGAUAUGUACCCCAUAGGACACCCGGGACACACUCACUCUCAUGGAGCUGGGGCGAGGGCAGAGAAGUUCCCCCGGCAAAAAUCUCCCAGUUUACCUAGCUCUUUCAGAACAUACUCACAGUCAGGAUCGGCGCCAGGAGAAGAGGUCUAUGGAAGAAAAGAGCAGAAGGCCAAAAAACCCGGAAAGUAUAUUUGUUACUACUGUGGCCGUGCCUGCGCCAAACCUAGCGUCCUGAAGAAGCACAUCCGCUCCCACACGGGCGAAAGGCCGUACCCUUGUGUUCCCUGUGGCUUUUCUUUCAAAACCAAGAGCAACCUUUACAAACACCGCAAGUCCCACGCUCACGCCAUCAAAGCCGGACUUGUUCCCUUUUCAGACCUUGUCAUGUCCCGCAGCAGGGAUAUGGACCAGGCAUCUCCAGUGGGUGAGGCGGAGGUCCACUCUGAUGGAGAACAGAGCACCGACACAGACGAGGAAGUUGUGGAAGGGUCCACCAUGCUGAUGGACAAAGACAGAUCCACCACACAGAUCUGCUUUGAAGUUGACAAGACUACAGGUGGUGCAGAGCCAGCCUAUGCAGACUCAGCUGAAGAUCAGUUUGUGGGCUCCAUUAAAGUGCCUAUCCUUAUUGUUCCCAAGUCUGGAGGCGUCCCGUCCACAGGGAUGGAGUGCCUGCCUUUCCAGGACAUUAAAGGUUCCCAUGCCAUGAUGACGUCUCUGGCUGGGAGAAGAGGACGUUCACUGGACGAUUCCCACUCAGUCAAGCCAAGUUUGGCCCUGAGACUGCAUGACAAGAAAGGCCAGGAUUCUGACUCUGCUGCCUCCCAGUCAUUGAACCUCCUCAGUCCUCACAGCAAAGGCAGCACAGACUCAGGCUACUUUUCACGAUCUGAGAGUGCUGAGCAACAGAUCAGCCCUCCAAAUACAAACGUUAAAACAUAUGAGGAGAUUAUGUUUGGUCGGACCUGGUAUUACCGCCCCAACUCCAGAUCAAGGGAGUCUAUCAAUGUGGCAAUGGCUGGGGCAGACGUUAGAAGCCUGGCUAGCCUCAAACAACCAGGUGUAGCUGACUUGGGAAAGAUCUCUGAAGAUCAUAUCUGUUUUAGGGGGGACAUCGGGAUGUCUGGAGAUUCUAAACAUUAUCCGACUGGCCCGAGUCAGAGCAGUACAGGACUUCUAGAGCCUCCAUCAGAUUCCGGGCACCUAAUCAGGAGCAACUCCAUGCCGACAUCAUCUCCUCCAAACCUCAGCCUUCCUCCAGGAAUACGAGGCAGCCAUUCCUUUGAUGAGAUGAUGACAUCGGAUGAUGUGUUUUACCCACCUGGAUUGCGUCGACUCCGAAGACAGGCUGCAAUUGAACUUUCAGCCCACGAAGCACACAUAGGAGAUGCUGAGGGCUAUGGACACAUGCCCAAGAACUUCACUUCAUCCCUCGCUAAAAAGAUCAAUGAGCGCAGUCCUGCAGUCCCAGACCAUUAUGCCUAUACUGCAUAUGGCACUAAAGUAAGCAUGUCUGAUAUAGCCACCAGAAAGAGGAGGAAAGAGACGAGUGUUGGGGAUGAAGAAGACAGUCCUGGUCACUGUGACAGUAGUUGCAGUGGCUCAGUCGAGAUAUCCGGAGACUACGGCAGUUUUGACGGCUCCAGAGCCACCCCAACAGGGAAGGGCUCUCUUCACAGUGCUCAUAGCCAGUCAGACAGCUUUGAUACAUGUGCUAGCAUGUGCUCAGAAGACAUAGCUUUAUUCACUGACGCUGAAUGCAGGAAGGCAGCUGGAAACGUCAUAUCAGUCAUCCAGCACACUAACUCUGUCAGUCGGCCAAAUUCCUUUGAGAAGUCAGAGUCCCUUCGAGCAGUCAGGAUAUCAUCCCUCAGCCCCAUCUAGCAGUAUUCUGAACAGUCUGACUCUGACAUUUUUGAAGAUGCUUUGAGUCCAGUCGCCAUGCUGAGGACAGAGAGCAUGGAUCAGCAGCCGCAGAGUGACAGUGACUUGGCUUCCUUCUCGUCUUCAUCAGCAGCAGCUUCACCCGGGCAGCCUUAUCACAUCCCGCACAAACUUGUCCGUCAACCCAACAUCCAAGUUCCCGAGAUCAGGGUGACGGACGAGAAAGAUGCAGAAGCUUCAAUGGCCAGGGAUCAGCAGAAGCAUCAGCCCCACGUAGAAGAAUUCCAGCUGCCACAGAGGAGCGACACUCUGGCACAAAUGCCUUCAGAAAAGCUCCCGCCAAAGAAGAAAAGAUUGCGUCUUGCUGACAUAGACCACUCGUCUGGGGAAUCCAGCUUUGAGUCCACUUGUACCAGCCUGUCUCGCAGCCCAAGUCAGGAGAGCAAUUUGUCCCACUCCUCUUCCUUCUCUAUGUCUUUUGACAGGGACGAAGGUCUCAAGUCGGUGUCACCCACCAAACAGGGGAGGACUGUGCCGGUGGGGGGAGGUAAACCAUCUGAGUUCCUGACAGUGCCCGGCAGCGGUCAUUCCAUCCACCAACAACAGAGGGAGAUGCGCAGGUCCUCGUCGGAACAGACGCCAUACUCUCUUCCUUCAGACUUGCCAGAAAUGCGCAGCAAGUCCUUCGAUUAUGGAAACCUGUCACCCUCCAGACAGGGAGAGCUCUACACCAGUGGCUCCGGCUUAAAGGAGCGCCGCCGUGGCUAUCUUGUCCGACAGGCUUCACUGAGCGUAUAUCCAGAGGCAGUCACCCAGGAACUGGCAGUAUCUGAGCUGUCAAUAAAACAGGAGAGUGUUGAGCAAGGGGUGCCUGGCCUGAUAGGGCCAGCACAUAGCAUCAGCGACGCAGCUAGUAGAACCAAGAGACUUGGCAAUUCUGUUGGUGGUAAGUUUUUCCAUCAGCAGCAUGUCCUCCAACAGAGCAUCAGUGAAGACAGUCUGCAAGACGAGCCUCACUAUUCCAGGUCGCAACAUCACCACCUGGUUCAGGGAUCUUCAUCUGAAGGAGAACAUCCAGUCCAUGCGAUCAUGAAUAAGGAAGUCAUCCAACAGAAGUUUAUCUCUUGCCAGCAGUCUGCUGUGUUCCAUAAUAAGGCCAGUCAGACAUCAAGACAGCAGCUAACUCUGCAAGCAUCCAACAUCCAAUCGCCGAGCGGCCUGCCUGGACACGGAACACUCCACAAACCUACCCAAGAUCAGCUGCCCCAUGAUAGACAAUCAGAACCUUCUUCCUUAUUCCAUCAGCAAAACCUGGUCUCUUAUUCAUUCAAAUACUCCCUCCCCAACUCCAACACAACCUCUAUGCCGCUACAGCAGAUCCAACCCAUCUUUGCCACCCAGAACCCAGGCUCCAAUGCCUCUCUGCCUGGUCUGGUUGUUCCUGUGCGGGUACAAACCGACGUGCCAUCCUUUGGUAGUGUUAUGUAUACCAGUGUUAGCCAGCUUAUAGUGCACAGUCAGAUGCCAGGCUUAGUUGGACAGAGCAGCAUCAGUGACAUGUCCCUUCAAGGUGGUGCUGUGACUGUCAGCCAAUCGCCUGAAAAGCUCGGACGAGGUCCAAGCAGAGCAGGUUUCCACCUAUCACACUUCCUGGGUCAGACAGAUGGAAUUGUGCUGCGCUCUCCACAAUGGAGGUUUCCAGAUUCUGGUCCAAACACAGGAAUUCCUCUGUCGCUAACAUCAGGUACCAUAUCCACCACGGACCCCUCGGGGUGCAGCAUGGGAGGCAGCAAGAGGAUGCUUUCUCCUGCCAGCUCUUUGGAGAUCUUCUUUGUGACCAAGCAGCAGAAAAGGGUAAAGGAAGAGAGGAUGUUUGGGCAGAUGGUGAAGGAGAUGAGCGCUGUCGAGCUGAGUGGAACCAACGGCAGCAACAAGCCAGAGAACAGUGAAGAUGACUGUGAGAGGAUGUCUUCUUCUCCUCCGCUGGGCAAUUUCCCAGCUUCCAACACAAUUGCCAUUCCAGUCCGUUCUUCUGCACCCCACCAGCCUGACAUGCCCUGCCCAGAGAGUUUUACCCCUCCUCUCCAGAUUGUCACUGACUUUUCUCCUGCUUCAUGCGACCGAGACUCUCCUGAAGAGCUUGAUGUGGACGAGUCUAACAUCAGCCCCCAAUCCAUGAUCUCCUCCAACGGAGAAGAUGCUGACACCUGCAAGCAGCCCACAGCCAGUGAAGUCCCAACAAGCAGCCAAAGGCCAGAAACGUCUAGAGCGGCGGGCCAGACAUUGCUGCUUUCCGACAUGGCCAACGUCCAGCAGUUUUUUCAGUUUCCAAGUCUGCGCACCAUCAGUCGGGUUAGCUGGUGCUUCCUGAACUACACCAAGCCCAACAGCAGUCAAGCUGCCUCGGGAAGUUCCAUCUACAGCUCAUGGUGUGUGAGCUCCUACAACCCGAACCCUCUCAACUUGAGCACCAAGGCUGCGCUGGCCAUGCUGAGGUCCAAACAGAGGACGAAUACCCACCACCUGUACACCACGGCCGCCAUGGCACCGCCCAGCUCAGGGAAGCUCGUGUCCUCGGUUGCAUGGAAGCUGCGGUUUGAUCAGCUGAAGCCAGAACUGAUGCCAGUCGAUGUCAGAAAUUUUGGAAGGAAGAUGAAGGGAGUGGCCUCAUGGGAGCGGUCCAAAGAGGAGCAUGUGGACAAGGACGUCUCCAUCAAGCCAACCUCCACCGAACCAACACGCAUCAAGAUCUUCGAAGGCGGGUACAAGUCCAACGAGGACUACGUUUACGUGCGUGGGCGGGGUCGGGGGAAAUACAUCUGCGAGGAAUGUGGCAUCCGCUGCAAGAAGCCCAGCAUGCUGAAGAAACACAUAAGAACGCACACCGACGUGCGGCCCUACGUAUGCAAGUUCUGCAAUUUUGCCUUCAAGACCAAAGGAAACCUGACCAAGCACAUGAAGUCCAAAGCUCAUCUGAAGAAGUGUCUGGAGUUAGGCAUGUCCAUGUCCUCUAUGGAGGACGUGGAGGCAGAGGACGCAGAUGCGGGCGAGGAAGGUCGGAGCUCGUCGGACAAGAUGGCAGUGCACCAAUUCUCCGAUGCAGACGACUCUGAGGGCGGCGAGGACGACGGGGAUGACGAUGAAGACGAUGAGGACGACGAUUAUGACGGGGACGCCACCCCCAAGACGUGCUCGCGCUCCACCAGCCCGCAGCCUUAUGCCCUGCCCUCCUUGUCAAUCUCAGUCAUGGCCGACUCCGACCCGUCGCUGCCCCUCCCUCAGCAUUCCAACCCCCUGGUCCACAAGCCACCGCUGUUCGGCUACUUUACCACCGUGCCGAGCAUCCGCAUCACAUCACAGGCUCCGCUCAGCGAGCUAGCUGACAGUGGGUGGAUUCAAGAGGAGCACCGGCGAGGGAUGCUGGGUAGCGGGCCUUCCUCCUCCAUGGAUGAAGAGGGGGAUGCCUCACCGUCCUCUCGUCUGUCCUCGCCCGGGCUGGAUUACUCCAGCUGCCCAUCACCCAUCUCGCCCGCCUCUUCUCCCUCGCCUCGCCAGUACCUGUCACCACAUAGCGACCUCGAACCACGGACAGGACGCCUGUCUCCUCGGCAAGAUGUCUCUCCUCUGCGUCAUGUCUCCCCCAAGAGAGACAUUGGGAGAUAUAGACGUGAGCUAUCCCCCAGGAGAGGACAUCUGUCACUUCUCUCGCCUCUCCCUCGCCCCACCUCCCCUGGCAGUAGGGACUACAAGCGUGAGCUGUCUCCGCGAGGACGCCACAAGGGGAUAAUGGGGUCGCAUUCUCCUCGACGGGGUUUGCACCAGCACCUCCACCACCAAAGCCAGCAUAGUGCAGCACGAAGCUUGAAGUCAGCUCAACUCGCCGGGUUGCUGUGUCAGACGGAACUCUGCCCUCAAGGACGCCGCCAGGCUACAGACAUAGACAGAGAGUCAAGUCCAGGUUCACAAGAGGGUGGUAACCAGUCCAGUCCACCCCAUCAAGUCUUGUUCAGUCACCUUCCUCUCCAUUCUCAACUACAGGUGCGUUCGCCGUUCCCACUGAUUCCCAUCGGAGGUAUCCAGAUGGUCCACACCAUGCCAACGUCCGUCAGCACUCCUCAGGGCCAGCAGGGGCAGCAGCAGGCCACAUCCCGCUUCCCGCUCCAUGAGGAAAGAACGUCAGAAGAGCUCCAAAGCGGCAAGGCCUCUUGCCCUCCUUUCACCUCCUCUGCUGAGGGAGGAGGACCAGGAGGUGUGAAGUCAUCUGGGGCACCUUCUCCCGCCUUGCAGGGGGGAGGGGUAGGGCUUGCAAGAGAGCAGGAAGCAAGCGUCCACACGUGCACUAAAGCCAUCGCCUCGCUUCGCAUCGACCCUGAGGAGCACACUGAGAGGCUGAGAGGCAGCGAGGAGGACCGCCCCUCAUCGUCCUCGUCCGCCACCUCAGGACAACAUCAGUACUUGCCACCCACCUCAGCCUCCCCGCUCUCUCCUCUGGUUCAGCACUUUAGCUGCCUUGGGCCUCCGCACGCCUCAGGUACCGCCUCCCCGCUUUGCCCCUCCCCUGGUCCAGCGUCAGAAAGCACAGCGAGAAGCAAAGACGUGUCGUAGAGGUGCAACACAAAGCAAACACAACUUUUGCACUAGUUAACACACAGUGUUUUAUUUAAAGACUUUGAAGAGAUUGUGUGUGUUCAGUCAAAAAGGGUACUUUAAAAACAACAUUAAUAAUAAGUAUGUAAAUGUGUGCCUUUUGCUUUGUGCUUAUAUUCUUAUAAGCCAUCAACUAGCCCUGCUCCCUCCCUCUUUUUCUCAACAAGCGAUGUGAAGUGAAGAAUAUAAAUAUUACGUACGGUUGCACUAAAUCAUAUUUUUUUAUGAGGGACAUUGAAAAACAAAUGAUACAACAAACAAAUAAUACUAUUUAUUAUUGUUACCAUGUUUCAUAAACUGUACAUUUCUUAAAUGUCGUGGAUGCCUUUUUCUAUUUAGAAGCAUGUUUUUUGCUAUUAGGCCGAUGAUAUGUACACACAAUGUUGCUUCAUAUUUCGUCAAUGUACACGUAAUAUAUCAACAUGAUCCAUACAUUACAGUACUUUCACUUUUCUUCUUGCUUUUCAAGAUGAUUUUAUUCAGCAUUAAAUGGUCAGCAUGCCUUCAAUCAUUGUAGUUAACCCCGCCCCUCCCUGUUAUUAUACACCCUAUAAGCACGGCCCCACCCAGCACCUUCCGCCAUUGAGGGGUCACUCACCUUACUCACUACUCUUCAUCAAAACAUUCCACAUCAUCACCCAGCGACAUAGCAUGGCUGUCACCGAGAUACACAUCCGUCCACACUCCUCUUUAAAAAAAUACUUUGACUCUUGAAACUUCUAGCAUUUGUCAAAUUAAUUACUUUCUUCUUACGUGAACAACUACACGUUCAUAUUUUCACAUUUCUCACUGAGAUAUUACGUGAGCAACUACAUGUUCAUAUUUUCACAUUUCUCUCUGGAAUACAAGAAAAAAAAUGACAUGUGGACCUAUGGUGUACAUACACAAAUAAAUGGGAGUACACGAUACAUACAUUAUUUAUGCAUACAAUUAAUACAUGUAUUAAUACAUCCAUAAUAUGACUGGCUUGUUUUGUAGUAGCCAGUCUUUGAAUGUUGCUAAUAUUCAGUUGUAUGAAUAUUUGAAAUGUCACAUGAUGAUUGAAGAGUGGACAUUGUUGUCCUCGCCUCCUGAGCAUUCCCCUUGUAGCUAAACAAUAUUUAGUCGCCAGCAGGGGGCGUACUUGUCUCAACACAAUCAAGAGCAGGAAGAGGAAGAAGUCAUGUGACGUAUUGUGGGCGGAGCCGGGCAGGCUGCAAUGUGACUUAUUUGUACUAGUGUGUAUUACGUGUGUGUUCCGCUUGUAUAUCAACGUUCUUGUUUUUCUUAUAAUAAGUCUAGCGCCUUUUGGUGUGUGACGUCAAAGCACAAGUCAACGUAGUCAAUAUUAGCAUUAGCAUUGUACAGCUAUGACCAGGAGCAAAGUGUGGUGAUGUGGAGGUACUGCCAGCCAGCCGGAGGCCAUGCUGUCAUUUGCGAGAAAUUAAGAGGUUUUUUUCUUCUCACUCCUGGAAGAGCUUCGACGAAAAUAAAAGCCACUGAGUCUCGGGGAAGAUGAGGUACAAAAAAAAUGACCCAGAGCUUCGAAUGAAAAACAUGAGGUGUAAUGAAACUAAACCACUUCACCAGAUGGAGAACUGAUGACUGGCUAGAUUUAUUUCUCCACUUUGGGGAUGAAAUUACAUGGAAAAUAGCAAGUGCGUUAACAGAAAGCAGGUUAAGUGAAAACUCUGACAUGAAAUUCAGGGUUUUCCAUUCCAAUAAAGAGAAAUAGAGUAAUUCAAACCCAGAGUUAGUUACCAUGGUAACUUCCAGUGUUGGCCAAGCUACAUGGAAAAUGUAAACUACAGGAGAAGCUAUUCCCACAGAAUUGUAGCAAGAUACAAUACAAACUACACAGCAAAAGUAGUUUGCUACAGCAACACUACAUAUUAAAUUAACUCGAAUUAGCUCCAUGGACCCCAUUUGAAAAGAUACGGCAGGGACCCCCAUAAGAGAAGGUUUACAGGUAUUACAGCUCCAGUAGUGAUUAUCAUCACCAUUUUAAUUGUGAGGACCCUCAGUUUGACAUGGAUUAAGGCAGUGUUUUUCAACCUUUUUUGAGUCAAGGCGCAUUUUUUUCUUUGAAAAAAUGCAGAGGCACACCACCAGCAGAAAUCAUUAAAAAAUUAAACUCAGUAGACAAUAAAAAGUCAUUGUCGCAAUUGUUGGAUAUGACUUUAAACCAUAACUAAGCAUGCAUCACUAUAACUAUUGUCUCAAAGUAGGUCUACUGUCACAUCACGCCGUGACUUAUUUGGAGUUGUUUGGUGUUUUCCCGUGCGUAGUGUUUUUGUUUUUGUCUUGCGCUCCUAUUUUGGUGGCUGUUCCUGUUUUGUUGGUAUUUUCCUGUUGCAGUUUCAGGUCUUCCUUUGAGCGCUAUUCCCCGCACCUGCUUUGUUUUAGCAAUCGAGAACAUUUAAGUUGUUGCUAUCAUUUUUUGUGUAGACAUUGUUGAUUUUCAUGUCAUGUACGUAUGUACUUUGUGGACGUUGUCUGCUGUUCCACACGCUGUAAGUCUUUGCUGUCGUCCAGCAUUCUGUAUUUGUUUACUUUGUAGCCAGUUCCGAUUUAGUUUUGUUCUGCAUAGUCAUCCCUAAGCUUCAAUGCCUUUUCCUAUAGGGGCACUAACCUUUUGUUUAUUUUUGGUUUAAGCAUUAGAUACCUUUUUACCUGCAAGUUGACCGCGCUACAUAAUCUCUCACUGCACACCAGACUGUAUCUCACGGCACACGAAAGGGGGGGGGGUUGCCCACAUAUGCGGUCCUCUCCAAGGUUUCUCAUAGUCAUUCACAUCGACGUCCCACUGGGGUGAGUUUUUCCUUGCCCUUAUGUGGGCUCUGUACCGAGGAUGUCGUUGUGGCUUGUGCAGCUCUUUGAGACACUUGUGAUUUAGGGCUAUAUAAAUAAACAUUGAUUGAUUGUUUGAUUGACUAGUGUGCCGUGGCACAGUGGUUGAAAAACACUGGAUUAAGGUACAGACUCCCAUUUAAUGGCAUCUAUGGGCCCACAUGUAUAAUUUCAAUGUUAAUGCAAUUGAGAGUUUACAUAUUGUAAUCAAAUGAACCUCAUGAGGGUCCAUUUACAGGUGGCUGGGACCACCUCUUCAUUACUGGACAUUACCAAAGGAGUUCCACAAGGCUUAGUUCUGGGGCCCAUUUUAUUUUCUAUCUACUUAAAUAAUCUUUGCAAUAAUUUGUCAAAUGUACCAUUUUUAUGCAGACGACACCAUUAUUUAUUGCUGUUCAACCUCCAUCACUCAGGCUUUUGAGUUUUUACAAGCUGCUUUUGAUGUCAUCCAGGCUUGCUUAUUUGAUUUUAAAUUAGUUUUAAAUACAGAUAAAAGCAAGGUAAUGGUUUUCUCUCAUUCAAGGGUGCUACUGGAAAAUAUUCCAAAUAUCGCACCAUCAAAUGGAAACCCUAUAGAGCAGGUCUUAAAUUACAAGUACUUGGGUUUUACUCUUGAUCAGGAGCUUUCAUUUAAAGCCCAUUUAACAACCUGGUCUCAAAGCUUAGGGUAAAGCUUGGUUUCUUUUUUAGAAAUAAAAACUGCUUCUCUCUUAAAGUCAGAAAGAAAUUGGUGACAGCAACUAUCUUGCCUGUAAUUGAUUAUAGAGACGUGCUUUAUUUUAGUGCUUCAUCUAAAUGCCUCCAGUCCUUGGACACUGUUUGUCAUUCAGCACUAAGAUUUGUUACUGGCUGUCGUAGUCUCACCCACCAUUGUCAACUGUAUAUGAAGUCAGACUUAUCUUCAUUGAGUGCACGCAGAUACACACAUUGGCUGACUAUAAUUUAUAAGGCUCUUUUAGGUUUAAUACCUCCAUACUUGUGUACUCUGUUACAAAGAAAAAGCAGCUCUUACGCAUUACGUUCUAACAAUUUGUAUGUUUUAACUGUUCCUCAUGUACGGACGGAAUCUGGCAAAAGAGCUUUUGGUAUUGCUGCUCCUAUGGCAUGGAAUGCAUUGCAGACGAAACUGAAACUUACAGAACUACUUCCAUUUGGAGCCUUCCGUUCUGUCCUGAGGGACAGACAGCGAGAGACGUUUGCACAGUGCCUGUGUUUUUAAAAGGUGUAAAUCUUUGUUGUUUUACAGUUCUCUUAUGUAUUUUAAAAUGUAUGUCUUAACGUAUUAUAUUUUUUGAAACUGCUCUGUGACAUGUGCUGUUGAAUUCUUGGCCAGGUCACCCUUGUGAAAGAGAUCUUGAUCUCAAUGGGUUUCUCAUCUGGUUAAAUAAAGGUUCUAAUUACUAUUAACUGUCUGUCAUUUAGCUGUGGACACCCUACAAAUCCCCCUGGGGUCCCCACACUCAACUUUAUGUAAUUUUUUAAGUUAAUGUUAUUCAUUUUCUGUGCCUACAGUAAAUGAAAACCGCAGCUUUCUAGAUCUUGACA